CGGUUGCGUCCAAUCCCGAAGCGAACCCAAAUAGAAAUCGAAAUCCCCAUUGGGAAAGGAAGAGAAGCGCAGGGGAAGAAGAAAAAGAAGAAGAAUGAAGAAUUAAUGAAGAAGAAGAAGAAGAUCGGGAGGCUUCAGGGAAAAGAAAAGGUUAAAUAAGGAUGAGCAGGCUUUCGUUCAGGCCUCGUCCGCUGGACAUUCACAAGAAGCUUCCCAUUGUGAAGUCCGUUAAAGACUUUGAAGACGACGACGUUCCGAGUUCUACCCGCAAUUCUCAGUUGCUGCGUCUUGCGGCGGGGGACUCUUCAGAGAACGAAGUCCAUCAUCACCACCACCACCACCAUCAUCAAGGCCCUGCACCCGCGCCCACACCCACGCCCACCAACAAGAAGGCCUCCCCUGAAAUACCCACGCCUCAGUUUGUUGUCGUCGACACCUACGAGAGAGACUAUUCCCGCACUUUCGCCCAACCCACUUCCUAUUUGCGUGCAAGGGGAGCUCGGGCUGAGCUCGGUGACUUUGUGGAGUACGACCUUGACAACGAGGAUGAGGACUGGCUUCAAGACCUCAACAGAGAUCGCAAAGUUCUUCCACCCGACAAGUUUGAGAGUCUUCUUUUUAAGUUGGAAGUUUUGGAUCAUAAGGCUCGGGAAAGAGCUGGAGUUAUAACACCCACUCUCGGUUCUCCAAUCCCUGUGCUUCUCCAACUUGACGCUGCUACUGAGGCUUUACUGGCUCUGUCCAUCAGAUAUGCGGUUAUUCAGUCUGUUUAUAACUAUUGGAAAGAAAAGCGUGAACGAUGGCAAAAGCCUAUCUUGCGCCGCUUGCAGCCUCCUCCACCAGUUAAUGACACCAAUCCAUACAAUGUCUUCAGGCCGAGGGAGAAAGCUCACAGACUGCAUACUCGAAGGAUGCAAAGAAGGGAAAAUAAUGUGCAGUCAUUUGAAAAGCUUCGCCAGGUCAGGCGCAACCUGGACCAAGCAAAGACAAUACUUGAGACCUUAAUUAAGAGAGAAGAGAAGAAGAGAGAAGUCAUGGAAACUGAAGUUAGUCUUCAGAGGAUCCAAAUGAAGUAUAAGCAUGAAACUGAGCUUCUGGAAGAUAGCUUGGCCCUUCCUGGGUUUCCACCAUUAUCCAAGUUUGGUUCGAGUGAGGAGGAAUUUAUGGAUUCAGAUGACGUUGCCAACAGCCGCCUUGGUACACGACCUUCUGCAAUACACAAUCCGCCCUUACAGGAAUCCAAUUUGGUAUUCAUACCCACAGGAAAUAUGAAACAAGAAUUAAAAGGGCGACAUGUAUCACAAGGAUGGCUUCAUAAAAUGGAUCCCCUUGAGCCAGUUUUGUUGUUUACAAGACCUUUGGUUCCUGAAAAAUUGGCAGCUGCAGGAAUCGCACCGCCGCCAGAUUGCUCAACAAAAGAUGAAGUUUCUACACCAGCUUAUAAAUUCCGUGGAAGAAUUGGCCGUGGGGGCCGAUUAAUAUUUGAUAGAUGGAACCCAUUGUUGCAUACUCCUAUUGACUGUGGCAAUUCAUUUUACAUACCGCCUAAACCCCGGCCUGCAACAUAUAAUUGAUUGUAGAUUUCUUCUUCAACUUAUCUCCAGUUAUGGCAGUCUUUUUCCAGUGGAAGUGGUAGGUCUAGUCAAAAUUACAUAUUUUGAAGAUACAUGGUGACUUGUUGACCUACAAGAGUUGUGGGGUUUCUGGAUGGAGCUUCUGUUGGCCUAGCCAUAGCCGUGGGAAUUUAGGGAAGACAAAGCUUUGGAUGGGAUUUUGGCUGAUAUGGCUAAACUUCAAGGGCAUUUACACAAGGUGCGCCAGGGUGGCUGUAUUGUUAUUUUCCUGUUAAUUUAUGUCAAAAGAUGAAUUUACCUCCUCUUCAUCCCCUUUCCUUGAGGGCUCUCUUUGGCACAAUUCCCCCUCCCUCCCUCAGCAAGAAAUUUUCUUUCUUGUAACCACAUUACACAUUAAUUAUUGUCUCUUACCUCUAUUUAAAAGGUAGUCUCUAUCAACUAAGAUAAUUUUAGUUCCAUCCUGUAAAUGAGACUCAUCCGUGUAUUAUUAUUGAUCAUUGUAUUUAAAUUUAAAAGAAAAAAAUACUAAUUUGUCA